AAUUCUCAGAUUGCAACAAUUGUUCAUGUUCUUUAUCCUCUUGGAAACAGUUUCCCGUAACUUACAUUACUGUCACUACUCUACAAAGAGCACUGAGUAAUGGUCUUUGUUUGCAUGAAAAUGAUGCCAAGAUGCAAACUUUUCCCCAAAUGGAUCCAUUUCCAUGCAACCAAGAAACCUAGUUAUCAAAUCCUCCAAAUGAACCAAACCCUUUCCCAAAUCAUCACCACCAACACCUCCAUGACCUCUUCUUCAUUGCAAGAUCUCAUAGAUGUGUCCAUCUCCAUGUUUGGUCCUUCCCACCUUCUUCUACUACUCACACAAUUCCAACACUUCAUUGGCACCACCCUUUGCAACACUGUUAUCAAAUCCUACACUCAUUCUGGCAAACAUCUUCAUUCAAUCCUUGUCUACACACAAAUGCCGAAAAUUGGAGUCCUACCCGACCUCUUCACGUUCCCUCCGCUUAUCAAAUCUGUUGCUCAAUUGAAUCUCAAACACCUUGGCUUGUCCAUUCAUGGCUGUACUGUAAAGUUUGGUGCUUGUCAUGAUGUAUUCACCAACACUGCUAUUGUUCAUAUGUAUGCUAUUCUUGCUUGCAUUAGUGAUGCAUGCCAAGUAUUUGAUGGAAUGCCAGAGAGGAACUCGGUUACUUGGAAUGCGAUGAUUACAGGCUUUGUGCAUAGUAGGAGAUUUAAGGAAGCACAUGAGUUAUUCAAUGAGAUGAAGAGAUCGGGUGUAGAAAUGGGAGAGGUCACAAUGGUCAACGCACUUUCAGCUUGUGCGCACUUGGGUGCUUUGAGUCAAGGAGUAUGGAUUCAUAACUAUAUUAAGCAUCAAGGUUUGAGGGUUAAUGUGUUUGUAGGUACCACAUUGAUUGAUAUGUACAUGAAGUGCGGUGUGGUGGACAAGGCUGUUGAGGUUUUCAGGACGAUGAGCUUGAAGAAUGUAUACACCUGGAAUGCGUUGAUAUCCGGGUUUGCCAUGAAUGGAAAAGGAGAAGCUGCUUUGGAAGCUUUUGACAUGAUGAUUAGAGGGGAAAUAACUAAGCCGGAUGAUGUAACUUUGUUAGGUGUUCUAUGUGCUUGUUGUCACCAAGGGCUUGUUGACAUCGGUCGCAUGCUCUUCAUCGACAUGGAGAGGAAGUUUGGUGUGCAGCGGAGAAUUGAGCACUAUGGUUGCAUGGUGGAUCUUCUUGGAAGAGCGGGUUUCCUAGAAGAGGCUCAUGAACUUAUAAAAACACUGCCAAUGAAAGCUGAUGCUGUCAUAUGGAGGACACUGCUAGCUGCUUGUAGGCUUCAUGGAGACACACAAUUGGGCAAGCUUGUGAUUGAAAACCUUCUUCAAUUGGAGCCUGAGAAUGCGGAGAACUAUGUAUUGCUUGCGAACAUGUUAGUUCGUGAGCAAAGGUGGAAUGAAGUCGGAAAGGUGAGGGCGAUGUUGAACCAGAGAAGAAUAAAAAAAGUGCCUGGAUGCAGUUCAAUUGAGAUUGACAAUGUGGUGUACGAGUUUGUGGCUGCAAGCCGAUUUGAGAAGGAAACAAUGGAUGAGAUCUAUAAGAUGUUAGAGGAAGUGGGAAUGAAGUUGAAGGUUGCUGGUUAUGUUGCAGAUACUGAGUUGGUUUCCUAUGACCUUGUGGAAGAGGAAAAGGAAGAAACUUUGAUGCACCACAGUGAGAAGCUUGCUCUGGCUUUCGGAAUGCUAAGAACUCAACAAAAUUGCACUAUAAGGAUAGUGAAGAACCUGAGAGUUUGCAAGGAUUGUCACUCUUUUUCUAAGCUUGUUUCAAAGGUUUACAAGAGAGAAAUUGUGGUUAGAGAUAGAAACCGGUUUCACCAUUUUGGAGGGGGAGUUUGUUCUUGCAGGGAUUAUUGGUGACAUUGCUAAGAAAGUUCAACCCAUGGAAAGAGAGCAUUCCAAGUGAUGGAAAGGAAGCAAACGCUU